CGCAUCGCUUCGCUUGGAUCGUUCGCCAUUUUCUUCGUUGUCGUCUUCCUCUGCAUCUCCUCCUCUCCGCUUGUCUCCCCGUCUCUCUGAAUUUGCUUGCCCUAGGGGGAAGGGGGGAUGGGGUGGGGAUAUCCCUCUUCCUCAGCCGCCUGCCUUCCGGAGUGGACGCACCAUCAGAACAAGCUCUUCGAGGACGCACUGGCGGUUUACGGCCCCGAGACGCCCGAUCGGUGGGAGAGGAUCGCGUCUAGGGUCCCUGGCAAGACCGCCGCCGACGUCAAGCGGCACUACGAGUCGCUUGUCCAGGACGUGAACUCCAUUGACUCAGGCGCCGUGCCGAUCCCGCUCUACGUUCGGGAGUGGGCGGAUGAGGUGGCGGAGGAGCUGACGACGGAGUUCCAGGUGUUCCGGCAGCCGUCAGGAGCGUUCGGCAAGGCGGUUGUGGGAAGGGGGUUCGAUCAGGAGAGGAAGAAAGGGGUUCCUUGGACGGAGGAAGAACACAGGUUAUUUCUUAUGGGCCUCAAGAAGUAUGGGAAGGGUGACUGGAGAAGCAUUUCAAGAAAUUUCGUUGUGACAAGGACCCCAACCCAAGUUGCUAGCCAUGCACAGAAAUAUUUCAUCCGCCUCAAUUCUGGAACCAAGGACAAACGUCGACCUAGUAUACAUGAUAUAACUAGUAUCAAUGAGCCAGAAUCUGAUCACUCUAAUUCACCCGACUCAAUGUGUUCCAACCGCACAUCUGUAACGGUUGAUCAUAAAGUGCCAGUGUCAUCUAGCAAUACAAAAGCAUCUAACAUGCCAGCAAUCACUGCUCGUCCCUCAACUUUAUAUGAUCAUUGCUAUGGAGUGUCUGGAAAUCAUCCAUCAGGCAGCUUCAACAAUGGUUCAUCUUUUGGUUCAUAUAUUCUGCACCCUACAAUUCUGUAGAGUAGUCAGGCGUGUAUAGUUGGGCAUGAAAUGUCAAUCUGUUCUAUAGUAUUAUGUCAUGUGAAAAGGUUGGUAUUUCCCCCCCCACUUUUUCUUAAGCCUUUUGAGCGUGAGCGUGCAAGUUAGAUUUCCACUUGGGCAUGUUAGACAGACGUGAUUUCUCAUAUGCUGUAUAGCUCCAUAUAUGAUUGCCUGGUUCACUGUUAAGGUAUGAGAGGGCACUUGGUUGUUCUUCUCAUAUAAUCAGCGAGGUGGUAGCCCGAUUAUCUUGAUGUAAGAAAUAAAGUGAAUGAUGUUUUAUUGUCUGUUACUAUUUUGAAUUCAGUUC